UUUUUUUUUACUACUUAUUAAUUAAAUUUACAAAUAAAUUAUGAAAAUCACAGAACCAAGUAAUUUAGAGUAAUCUCAAACAGAUUCAAAGCCAUCAACUCGACCUAUUUCAGUUUCUGAAACCUCAUAACUGAAAGUUAAGAAAAAUAACAUUGAAAUCUUGGAAGUAUUUUAUAUAUUUAUAUUAAAUAGAAAAAAUAUAAUAAAAUCCUGACAAUCGACAUUGAUGACAUAAAAUUAAUGACUUGGAUUAAGCAGUAUAUUUCAAUAUAAUUAUUAUAGUGAGGAUCUCUAUGAAGUAACCUUUGAUUAUAAACAGAAAUUUCAGGAUAAAUUUUUUUUUGACUUGCACAGUGGGAGAUUAGGACAUCAAGCCCUUAUGACAAAAGUCGGAUAGGAUAAUUUUAAUUAUAACUACCAAAAACUUGAAACUAUCAAAAAAAUACAAAAUGGGGAGGUAUAUAAUUCUUCUAUUUAAUAAGAUUAUCAAAUGUCGAAAAAGAGAUAAUAAUGAAAUAUUUGUUGCCAAAAUACAAAAAAAUAAUCAUUUUUUAAUAGAGAGAGAACUAUAAAUUAAUUUGCACAUUGCAUAAAAUCCUCAUGAAAAUGUAGCGAGUAUGGUUGAAUACUAUUUGGAAAAUGAUCUUAUUAUCUUCAUUUACCCUUACUUUUCUGGAGGCACUUUAAAUUAACUUGUAAAUUCUAAUUCUAAGGACUUAAGUAAGAUUAAGGUGAAGACUAUAAUGAAAAAAAUUUUAUCUGGAUUAAAUCAUAUUCACGGUUUGGGUAUUAUACACAGAGAUAUCAAGAUGGAUAACAUUAUGUUGGAAGAAAUAAAUGAUCACAAGAGUGUUAGGAUUAUUGAUUUUGGAUUUUCAGCAUUCAAAGAUAAUUUAAAUUAUUUAUGUGAAAAAUGUGGAACUAUUGGAUACUUUGCUCCUGAAAUAAUUAAUGGAUAGUUUUACAAUCAGAAAUGUGACAUAUACAGCUUAGCUCAAGUGUUUCAUAUGCUAUUAACAGGAAAUCCUAUGUUCGAUAGAAAUUUAAACAGAUAAUAAAUUAUUAGAUUAUCGAAAAAUAAUUUAUUCGCUAUUGAUUAUAGAAAUGUUAAAGAAAGCAAGGCAUAAUCUCUAUUAUUCAAAAUGCUCGAUUUUUAAGAAAAUAGAUAUGAUGUUAUAUAAUGUUUAGACCAUCCAUUUUUCUAUAAAUCUGAGAAUUUAGAAUCUAAGUAUUUUUUUAUCUUAUUCUUAGGAUUAAAAGUGUCGAAACCUGUAAAUUCAAAUCUCCCUUCUGAUAUGUG